AUGCUGAGAGCGUUGGUGGAGCAGCGACUAACUGCGGCUGCUGAAGAGAUAUUUGGGCUGUUUGAAAGAACGAUAGCAGAGUACGAGGAGGAACUUUGUCGUUCAAAAGAGGAGAAGGAGCGACAACGGGAGCUACUGGACGCUGUUUUCAACCCUCAGCUUCGGUUCCACAGAGCAGAUGUUCAGCAGCUGUUGGUGGUUAAAGAAGAGGUUCCCCCUGAGCAGCAGGAGUGUAGCUCCAGUGUGGACCAGGAGGAGCCAGAGCCCCCCCCACACAUUAAAGAGGAACAGGAGGAACUGUGGAGCAGUCAGGAGGGAGAGCAGCUUCAAGGGCUGAAGGAGGCUGAUAUCACCAAGUUCCCAUUCACUCCUGUCCCUGUGAAGAGUGAAGAUGAUGAAGAGGAAGCUCAGUCCUCACAGCUUCAUCAAAGACAAACUCAACGCAUGGAAACAGAAGCUGAUGGAGAGGACUGUGGAGGACCAGAACCAGACAGGAACUCACAUCCACUUUUACAACCAGAGACUGAAGACCAGACUGGAGACUCUUCUGAACCUGAGACUGAUGACAGUGCUGAUUGGAAGGAGACCUCUCUGAAACAUGGUUCAUCAUGUAAGAAAACAUUCAGCUGCUCUGAGUGUGGGAAAAGAUUUGACUUCAAGUCAUAUCUGAAGAGACACAUGAGAAUCCACACAGGAGAGAAACCUUUCAGCUGCUCUGAGUGUGGUAAAGCUUUCACUGAUAGUGCAACCCUGAAGAGACACAUGAUAACUCAUUCUGGAGAAAAAGCUUUCAGCUGCUCAGUUUGUAAGAAAUCUUUUACACAGAGUGGAUAUUUACAGAAACACAUGAGAGUCCACACAGGAGAGAAGCCUUUUAGCUGCUCUGAGUGUGGGAGAAGAUUUGGCCAAAGGGGAAAUCUGAAGACACACUUGAGAACUCAUACAGGAGAAAAAGCUUUCAGCUGCUCAGUCUGUAAGAAAUCUUUUACACAGAGAGGAAGUGUAAAGGCACACAUGAAAAAACAUACAGGAGAGGAAGCGUCUACUUCCUGUGUUAGUGACAUCAGAAAGCAGCAGGAGUGGAGCUCCAGUGUAGAGCCCUGCACGGGCCAAAAACUCCAGCCCUAACCCGGCCCUGGCCCGUGGUGUUCAAGCCCUACCCGACCCCAGCCCGACAACGCCUGCAAUUUUUUCAGCCCGAACCCGACCCGACCCGAGACCAACAUCAAUCACUUUUAAGCUCUCUCUGACGCGCGCGCUCUUUGAUGCGCUCUCUCUCUCUGACGCGCGCUCUCUGAUGCGCGCUGUCUCUGCUACACACGCAAACACACACA